GCCUCUUUCUCCAAGAUGUCGGUGUUCGGGCCAGUGGUGAAAAUUCACCCCGUCGUUCUCGCUUCUAUCUGUGACUCGUACGAGCGAAGGAAUGAGGGAGCGAGUCGAGUGAUCGGAACCCUGUUGGGCACUGUUGACAAGCAUUCUAUCGACGUGACCAACUGCUUCUCUGUUCCCCACAAUGAGUCUGAAGAUGAGGUCGCUGUGGACAUGGAGUUUGCCAAGAACAUGUAUGAGCUUCACAAGAGGGUGUCGCCCACAGAGGUCAUCAUUGGGUGGUACGCCACAGGCUUUGACAUCACCGAACACUCUGUGCUCAUCCACGAGUACUACAGCCGCGAGGCCUCCAACCCCAUUCACCUGACGGUGGACUCGGCGCUGCAGAGUGGCAAAAUGAACAUCCGCGCCUACGUCAGUGCUCAGAUGGGUGUACCAGGAAAAACAGUUGGUGUCAUGUUCACUCCACUGACGGUCAAGUACAUCUACUAUGACACCGAGAGGAUAGGCGUGGAUCUUCUGCAGAGGACACGUCUGGCUUCCACUCGUACCAAGGGCCUGACCUCUGACCUGUCUCAGGUGGGCGGCGCUGCAGCCAGGGUACAGGACAUGCUGACCACAGUGCUUGCAUACAUUGAGGAUGUGGUGUCUGGGAAGGUGACCGCAGAUAAUAGCGUGGGUCGUUUUCUCAUGGAUCUGGUCAACAAAGUGCCAACCAUCUCAGCCAAGGACUUUGAAAACAUGCUCAAUUCCAACAUCAACGACCUGUUGAUGGUGACCUACCUGUCUAACCUGACCCAAGCACAGAUUGCCCUGAAUGAGAAGCUCGUGCUGCUCUGAGACUUCUUCAGUCAUUCAUAUUUAAUUUUUGUGCUUUCCCCUUCUUUGUUUGGCUAAGAUGAAUAAAGAUGUUAAACAAA